AUGGCUACUCCAGGCCCCAACGGGCUCAACAGGGUCAACGGACUCAACGGGCUCAACUGCAAUCAUGUGCCACCCCCUCCCCCAGACUCGCUAGAUGAUGAAGACGACGCCAUCGAGUCGCUCAACUCGAUUAUACAAAGAUACAAGGACCUCAUGCGUGUUAGUACAUCCGAGCUCAAGACGCUCGUGACCAUAACAUGCGAAAUGUCAAUCCGAAGCCUCAUCCGCGGACCGAACGCUAUGACCCUCCCCCAAGCCCGCCACUAUUUCAUAAACAAUUACCUCCGCUAUGUCCGCAAACGGAUCUCCAUCGGGCUCUGGAUAAAGUACAUGGAGCGGAGGGCGGAGGAACUGCCGGAGGCGAGGGACAAUAUCAAUCGCGUUCUUGACGUGACCCGCGAGGUUGCCGAGGGGUACGACGAGUACACGGAUGCGAAUUGCGACUACGCCAAGAAGAGCAAUUCCAACGAGUCCGGUUUGCAGCCCCAGGGGAAGCACGACAGAACAUGUUAA